AUGGCUUCAGAGCAGGACCAAAAUAUGCAUCUUGUACAGGACUUGAGGAAACGACCAGGCAAUGAUACUUGUGCAGACUGCGGGGCUUCAGAACCAGACUGGGUGUCAGUGAAUGUGGGUGUGUUUGUGUGCCAGAGUUGCUCACUCAUUCACAGAAGUAUUCCUUCUCUCAGCAAGGUGAAGUCUGUGCUCCAGGACUCUUGGGACACAGGUGAGGUGGAGCGUCUGGCGUCAUUAGGGAAUAGUGCUGCCAAAGCAAAGUAUGAGCAGCAGGUUCCACCAUUUUAUUACCGGCCUACUCACACAGACUGCAGGAUACUGCGGGAGCAGUGGAUCAGAGCCAAAUAUGAAAGAAAUGAAUUCAUUCACAUUGAGAAACAAGAGCCUUAUUCAGCAGGCUACAGAGAGGGGUUCCUAUGGAAACGAGGCAGAGACAAUGGGCAGUUUCUCAGCCGCAAGUUCAUUCUGACAGAGCGAGAGGGAGCACUCAAAUACUUUAAUAAACAGGAUGCCAGGGAACCAAAAGCAAUCAUGCGGAUUGAUACUUUGAAUGCUACAUUCCAGCCAGCUAAGAUAGGCAAACCUUGUGGUCUACAGAUUACGUAUCUGAAAGACAACAGCACCAGGAACAUCUUUGUGUACCAUGAGGAUAGCAAGGAAAUGGUAGACUGGUUCAAUGCAAUCCGGGCAGCUCGGUUUCAUUACCAUCAAGUGGCAUUUCCUGGCGCGAAUGAUGAGGAUUUGGUCCCUAAACUGACUCGGAACUUUAUGAAGGAGGGCUACAUGGAGAAAACAGGCCCCAAGCACACAGAGGGAUUUAAGAAGAGAUGGUUCACUAUGGAUGACAGGAGACUGAUGUACUUCAAAGAUCCAUUAGAUGCUUAUGCACGGGGAGAGGUGUUCAUCGGCAGUAAAGAGAACAGCUACACUGUUCUUCCAGGACUACCAGCUAGCAUCCAAGGUUACCACUGGCAGUAUGGCAUCACCAUAGUAACACCUGAUAGGAAGUUUCUUUUUGCCUGUGAGACAGAAGCAGAGCAAAAGGACUGGAUCGCAGCAUUCCAGAAGGUGGUCAAUCGACCUAUGAUGCCACAGGAAUAUGCAGUGGAGGCUCACUUCAAGCACAAGCCUUGA